AUGGCGGCAUUGGAGCUCAAGACGCAGGGCAACGAGGCGCUCGCCGCCGGCCACUACUCGCAGGCGCCAUCGAGAUCGACGGGUCGAACCAUGCGCGUGCUCUACUCGAACCGGGCCAUGGCGCACAUCAAGGCCGAGAGCUACGGCCUCGCCAUCAGCGACGCCGAGGCGGCGAUCCGCAUCGACCCGACGUACAUCAAGGCCUACUACCGGCGAGGGUCGGCGAAUUUCGCGCUCGGCAAGUACCGCCUGGCGCUGCGGGACUUCAAGGCCGUCUGCAAGCUGCGGCCGAGCGACCGCGACGCGCGCACGAAGCUCAAGGAGUGCGAGAAGGCCGUGAAGCAGCUCGCGUUCGCGUCGGCGAUCGAGAGCAGCGACGACCAGUGCGUGUCCGCGACGGUCGACCCGUCGCAGAUGGUCGUCGAGGACGCCUACGACGGCCCGCGCCUGGGCGACGACGGCGUGAUGACCGACGAGUUCGUCGAGGGCAUGCUCGAGCGCUUCCGGGACCAGCGCCUCGUCCACAAGAAGUACGUGCUCCAGAUCCUCCUCGGCGCGAAGGCGCUCCUGCAGGCCGAGGGGUCGCUCGUGGACCUCAAGAUCCCGGAGACCGACGCCGACGGCGACGCCGACAAGGCCCACUACACGGUCUGCGGCGACGUCCACGGCCAGUUCUACGACCUGCUGCACAUCUUCGAGAUCAACGGCCUCCCCUCCGCGGCGAACCCGUACGUCUUCAACGGCGACUUCGUGGACCGGGGCUCCUUCAGCGUCGAGGUCGUCACGUCCCUCUUCGCGCUGAAGCUCCGACAUCCCGGCGGCGUCCACCUGAACCGGGGCAACCACGAGACGAAGAACAUGACGAAAAUCUACGGCUUCGAGGGCGAGGUCCGCCACAAAUACGACGCGACGGUGCUCGCGCUCUUCCACGAGUGCUUCUGCUUCCUGCCCCUGGCGGCGUGCAUCGAGUCCAAGGUCUUCGUGACCCACGGCGGCCUGAGCUCCGACGACGGCGUCGUCCUCGACGACGUCCGGGCCAUCGACCGCGACCGCGAGCCGCCCGACGCGGGCCUCAUGUGCGACCUGCUCUGGAGCGACCCCCAGGCCAACGAGGGCCGGAGCCCGUCGAAGCGCGGCGUGGGCCUCAGUUUUGGGCCGGACGUGACGCGGUCGUUCCUCGCGAAGAACGACCUCCGCCUCGUCAUCCGGAGCCACGAGGUCCGCGACUCGGGCUACGAGCUCGAGCACGGCGGCGACCUCAUCACGGUCUUCUCCGCGCCCAACUACUGCGACGCCAUGGGCAACAAAGGCGCCUUCGUCCACCUCCACCGCGACCUCGACCCGAAAUUCACGACGUUCGACGCCGUGCCCCACCCGCCGGUCCGGCCCAUGGCCUACGCGUCGUCGCCCUUCGGCUUGUGA